AUGCUCUGGAUCUAUCCAGAGAUAUUCCGAAAUCGCAUCCGGAGGAAUUACCCGUUCAAUCCGGACUAUGAACUCCCCAGCGCGAGAGGCGUCCCGGAUGAAGUCGCCGAUCUCCGUCGACUGCGACCAGCGCACAAAUCGCUCUUCUUACCUACCAUGUCCAAGUACCUUAUGUCGUUUCAUCGUCUUCUGUCAGGCUAUAUCGCAUUUCUUAGCUUGCAUCGACCAACGCAAUCCGAUCACUUCCGCAUCUGUCUCCUCGUAUAUCAGCUUCUUCGGUCGGAUGGCAUUGUCGCCGAUUUGAAGCGCAAUGAACGAUAUGGUCGGUGA